AUGUCUGGCUCAGAAAACACAGAUAGUAAGAAACCAAGAACGAAGAAACAAAGUAGAAAAUACAUUGUUAUUAAGUCAAAGAAGGGAAAAAAUCCAUAUAUCAAAUUUUGCCAAGAAAAGAGAGAAGAAGUUAAAGCUGCUAAUCCUGAUUUGAAACCAAAAGAAAUCACUUCCAAAUUAGUUGAAAUAUGGAAUGGAAUGAGUGAAGAAGAAAAAGCUAAGUUUAAGCCAAAGCCAAGAGUUGGACCAAAAGGUAAACUUGCUAAAAAAGAAACUCCUGAAGAAAAAAAAGAAGAGACAAAAGAAGAAAAAGAGAAGUAA